AGCGGGCGCGCGUCCUCUGCUCGUGGGUCGAGUCGGAUCCGACCGCUGCGGCCGUCGGCUCCACAGUUGAGAUCCACUCUCUCGUCUCCCGGCCCUCGAUGAACGGCAAGGUCGGCGUCGUCGUCUCCGCAAACGAUUCGACGGGCCGCUUCGGCGUGCGCGUGGCGGGCGAGGCUAAGGCACUCGCACUGAGGCGCGCUAUGCAAUGGUCUCUCCCCGACUCGCCGGAUCCUCUCUUUGACACGCCUCUGCCCUCCCUCAGGCCGGCCAACCUGCAGCCAGCGGCCGAGGCGGUGGACGUGGGCAGGCUCAUCCUCAAGGCGGCGGAGUGGUCGCCGCAGUCGCACGAGCUCUUCCCAACAGCGGCUCGCAAGCGGGCGGUCGAGGUGAUGCGGCUGGGCUACCUGAUCGCUUGGGACGAGGAGCGCCUCGACAGCCGCGAGGGAGCGGCUCCGGAGCUGGCGGACAUCUGGCGCGGGUUUGUGCUGCCAAGGGUGGUGGUGCGAUGACUUAUACGGGGGUUUCAGUGAGAGGGCC